ACCGGAAGCGGAAGUUGCAUGUCUGGGUGCGGAGGCGCCAUGGAGCGGGGGAGCGGGAGCGGAGCGGAGGCUCAGCGGGCUGGGCCUCCGGAAGCUGAGGUUGGGCCCGGGCCAAGCUCCUCCAGUUUAGUGAGCGCCACCGGCACCAACGGAAAGGCGGUUGUGUGUGAGCGGUGCGGCUCCCGGGUGCUGGGCCCAGGGACAGCGCGGUACCGGCGAAGAGAGCUCUUUCUUCCAUCUAUGAGGCAGAGAGUGGCACUGGGCACUGAGGAAAGCUCAGUAAAAGGGGACAUGCUACAAGAACACUGGUUCGUUGAUGACAUGUACACCUUUGAGAAUGUUGGCUUCACCAAGAACGUGAACAAUAUCAAGUACCUGGUUUGUGCCGACUGUGAAAUUGGGCCCAUUGGCUGGCACUGCCUGGAUGACAAGAAGAGCUUUUAUGUGGCUUUGGAUCGAGUGCAGCAUGAAUAGUGGGCAGUCAGGAGCCAGCAGGGGCACAGGACAAUUCACUGAUGGGGUGAGUCUGUCUCUCACUCUCCAUUCACACAAUGCCUACAGCCUGUUACUGGCGCUGGAGACAGACUGCCUCACAUGUUAUCACCAGUGGAAAACUACAUACAAAUAUUGGUGUGAGUCCCAGCGCAGAUUGCAAGCAGCAGCUCACCAGUCCAGUAUUCUAGGGUUAUGUGCAGCAAUGUUCUGACAAGCUGAUCGCUCAACCUGGAUCUUUUUGUUUAUUAAAAAAAUUCUAAAUGC